UUGAGACACGAAGUGAUGGUGGCGAGGCAGCUGUCGCAGUAUUCCUCUCCGAGUCCGUUCAGCUGAUGUUAGUACUCUUGCUGGUGUGGAUUCUUCUCCAAUAGGUCACCUUGUGAUGAGAACACGUUGAACUUAAAGACCUGCCACAAAAUGACAACAAACAAAAACUGGAUGACAGAUUACCCUGAUGAGGUGCUGGCCUGGAUGCGGCAGAGGGAGGCAAAACACCUGGAUUACAAUGGAACCUCUCCUCAGUUGUCUUCAAGAGGAGAGCUGGUGGACCUUAUAUGCAUGGUGACUGAAUACCUGAAGCUGAGUGUUUCCACCACACACCUGGCAGUGUAUCUCCUGGACCGUUUCAUGGACUCUCACUUUAUUGUAGAAACCCAGCUCAAGCUCACAGCCCUCACAGUUGUUAUGUUGGCAGCAAAAUUUGAAGACAAGGAUGUGAAUGUACCAGGAAUUCCAGCUUUGAAUGCUUUGGUAGAAAAUAAGUACACUGCAUAUUUCUUCCGUACCAUGGAGAAAUUCAUAUUAAACUUCUUCAAGUGGAACAUAGGAACAGUCACAGUUGCACAUUUUUCUGAGUUUUACUUAACAAGAGGAGUGAGUGCUACAGAUACAAUGGAUGGGGCCAGCAUCACAUGCCUUGAAGUUGCUUGGCAGACUCUAUGGAAAUCAACCUCUUAUUUUGUAGAUCUUUCUCUUCAUGACAGGGCAUUUUUGCAGUGGCAGGCUUCCCUGGUUGCAGCUGCAUGUGUUGCUUGUGGCCGGCUUUGUAGCAACUUUGAACCUGUCUGGUCAGCCACCCUCGAAACCACCACAGGCUACCCCAUCCAGUCUCUUUCACAAAUCAUGGACCUUUUCCUAAGGAUGUACAGAAGUGAGAAGAAAACUAGUGCUUGUAGCAGCCCAGAGUCUGGAUAUGACAGUUGGAGCUCCAGUCUACAAGGGUCUCCAUAGCUGUUGGGAUGAAAACUACAUGUAUGUAUGUCUUCAAUUCACUGGUGGCUCUGUGAAGCAGAGCUGGUGUGCUGCUAGUCAUGCUUUUGCUGUGGAAAUUAUUGAAUUUUCUGAGGCUUGAAAUGUUCAAUUACUUUAUUAAAAUUGUGUGUGGUACUUUGUAAAUACUGUAAAUUUUACAAAACUAAGGAAAAAAUCUUAAAUAACCAAGACAAGAAAGUGUCUUUCUCAGUCUACUGAAAAAUACGUAGUGCCACUCAAUAGAUCUCUUGCAAAUUAUUAAACAUUUGUUGAGCAAAGAAUUUUCAUUUGUUUUGUGAUACUUUUGACAGUGGCCCAGGGAAUUAAUUUUUGUGAUUCUUGUACCAUUUCUUUAGGUUUGUCUAGAAUAUCUUAAUUCAUUUUAUGAGUUAAUAAGGAGAUCAAUAUUAACAUAUUAUUCCCCCAGAAUCAUAGUCUAGAUGUUCCCAUUAGUUCUUACAUUACACAAUAGUUUGAGAAUCCUUUACACAAAACUUCUAUCCAUAAACUUUAGUAUAUUGAAGUUCUAAAGUGCUGAUGUGAUACAAAACACCUGUGAUAUUUAAAAUUUGCAGCUCAUUGCAAUCUUGUCUUUCCUUUGAUUUUUCUAUUAAUAAAAUGUUAUGUUCUAGUAUUUGAUGAUGCAAUGAUGUUUUAGAAUAAUUUUUCCCUUUUUUAUAAUAAAAGUCUCUACAUCAUGCAUGUAAAAUAGACAUAUUAUGUAGUUUUGUGGUGAAGGAAUUGCAAAGAUUGUCCUACACCACACUAAAUUCCCCAUUUUCCAUUUCAGUCAGGUCAUAGUUCUUAUUAAUUAGGAGAUUCCAUUUCUUCUUGGCCUCCUGCAUCUUUUCCCACACAGCCCAGCUCAGUUCUCUUUGCAUCUUGUUUGUCUCGGCUAUGGACUUCUUCAGCUUCCCUUCCAGCAUGUCACAUCCUCUUCUUCUUUUCCAGCUGUUCGUGAAGCUCCUGCAGGUCCCCUGUUAGUCUCUCUGAGCUUCCUGUCUUGCUUGCUUAGACUUCAUUUAUGGCAACUACUGUAUCUUAAUCUCCUCACACAUCUCAAACUUGUACUUUUCAAUCUCCAGAACAAACUUUUCAAUCUUGUGUCAUCUGGUCAUCUGCUGGUCUAUAAGUUACCAUACCUAUACUUUUUAAGUAAAGCAAAGGAUUUAAAAAAAAAAUAAAGAAGUGUGCCAUCAUCGAAAAUAGUGCUGAUUUAUUGUAAUUAUUUUAUUAUUUUUCAGAUAUUGAUGCUAUUUGAUUAAAUCAUUCAUGAUAUAUUUUGUGACAAAUAUUGCCUCAGACAACAGUAUAUAACUUUGUAGUAAUCACAGUCAUUCUAAUUUCAAUUGACUGCAAGGAAACCUGUUCACAUUCUUGGUGUGGUAACAAAAUGUGUGUACUUGACCUUUGCCUUACUUGUAGUAUAGAAUAGGUAUUAAGGCUUUUAAUAAGUGCAUGUGAAGCAGUGCGAUCAUACAAUAUCUUAUCAGCAGUAUGAUCAUACAAUAUCUGUCUUGUCACCAUUUUAUCUGCUCCAUGUCAUUCUCUUACCUUCUCUUAUUCUCUCUUGCUGGUCAUCCCUGCCAUAACAUUGGCAGUUGAUUGAGCAUUUCCUACCUCCAUUAUUAUGCAUAUUGCAAUAUUUAGUCUUGUGAAAUGAUGUAGCGGAAGAAGGGGAUUUCAAUCACAUUGUGAGAGAUGUAAUUAGCAACGGUUUCUGCUUUCCUAUAAAUGCCAUUGUAUUUGUAUAAUAUUCAAGUGACAUAGUUAGACUAACAAACAAAAUUUGUGUAUUUUUUGUAAUGAGAAAGUUCGGACAAGAUCAGUAGCACAACAAUUUUCAAGUGCCUCUUGAAUGUCGUACAAAUAUGAUGCAAUGGCAUUUAUGAUGAAGUGAUGGAACCACAAUGAGGUUAGAAUCCCAAUCUUCCACUAUAUCAGAGAGAUGUUUAAAUUUUAAGUUUCUCUAUUCACAAUAUCAGUGUUGCAGAAAAUCAUUUUAAGAGAACGAAUCCUUCAGAUCAGCAUGGCAGAUCAUUUGUAGAAGUCAGUUACAAGAUUUAAAAUAUUGCCAUCAUCACAAUAAUGGAUUGUGAAAUUAGGAAAUGUAUUAAGUUUUUAAUGAUCUUGGCCACAAGCAUUCCAGAGUCAAUUCUCAUUAUGUCCUAUAAUCCUUCAUUUGAUUAAUUCAUUCAUAUUCUUACUUUGUUCUUUUUUUUUUUUUUUUAGCUUUCAUAUUUUUCUUGAUUAUCUAGAGUCAUUACUUAAUUAACAUUAAUGGAUUAAUGCAUAAUUGAUAUUGUUUCCCACAGAUUUUCAUUGAGCUAUUUUUCUUUCAGUAAAUAAGGCAGCAUUGACAUUACUAGUAGUAAUGCCUUCAGUAGGUUUUUUUUACUUGUUUGAAAGUAUAUUGAUAAUCAUAAUUAUCAUUAACACUGGAGAAUAAUUUGUGGUUAAUGAUCAUCUAUGGCAUUGUGUAGGAUACUAAUUAAAAUGUUACUUUUGUUUUCCAAUCUUCAGUAUUGAGAGAGGCUCACAAAAAAAGUUUAUCAUCUUUAGUGAUAAAAAAAAUUAUAAAUGGGAUCUCUAGUAAUGCUAAGGGAUUGCAAAAAUGUGUUUUACCAAUCCUCAUUAGUGGUAAAGGAUUUCAAGUACAGUAGUGUUUUUUCUGCAUCUUUAGUGAUAGUGGUGGGUACUUUUUUUUUUUUUUUUUCCUUUCCAAAGUGAGUGAUUACAAAUGUUUUUUCCUUAUCUUCAGGAAUGAUAUUCAAGAUUACAAAUAAUCUUCCUUUCUUCUAUAAUGUUAGUAAGAUUUACAGGUGGUGUAUUUUUUCAGUUUUUCAUCUGGAAUUUUUGUUGAAUGAAAAGGUUUAUCUGUGAUGUAGCUAUAAGGAAACUUAUAUGUUUUAAGUUAUUGUUUGAAUUUGUUGUAAUGAUGGUGUAUUUUUUCAUUCUAGUCAGAUGUCUUUACUUUCAGUUUGUUACUGAGUUUAGUACACAUGCUACACUACACAUCUUGUUUAUUGUAUUCAUCCAUUGGAUUACUAAACAUUGUGUAAUGAAUUCAUUUAUUGCAAUUACUAAGUGGUAAUCAGUUAUUUUCUUCAAAGGUAUUCUUAUUACCACAAUGAUGGUUGGCUUACAUAAAACACAAAAAUGAUAACGACAAGAAUUCAUGGGAAUGUAUAGUAGAACAGUGCAUUAAAAAGUACAAAUAUAUUUGCUUGCUUGUGUUAAAGUUGGCAAUUGGUAGGACAAAACUAAUAAAAGGGUAAUCCUAAUUUUUGUUAUAUCUUUGCAUUUUCAAGAUAAAGAGUUUAGUACUUAUCAUAAAGUUCCGAACUUUCCUCAACAUAAUAUUAGUAUUAGGAUUAGUAUUAACUGCUAUGCUCUUUCAUAGAUUUGUAAGAUUGCCACUGAUUGAGUGGUGGCUUGAGAUGGUCUGUCUCCUGCUUUCCAUAGUGUGAAUUUUCAUUACCUGCAACUUUUCAGAGUUACCCAACUCCAUUUGAUUUUACAUAAUCUUCAAUCUAGUAAUAAUACCAUAUUGAAAAUUUUUGAAUUACCUACUAGCCAGAUUUUUUACUAUUUAUUUAUUUAUUUAUUUAUUUUAUUUUUUUUUUUUCAACACAAGUCUAAUCUGAUAUUCUUUUGCCCAGUGGUUAAAAACAAGUUUAUAUUCUGAGUGGAGAAGUUUGGGUGUGUUUGUAAGAGGAUGUAUGUAAGAUUGAAGGACAGCUGGAAGAAGUGCAUUGUUUUAAGUUUUGGGGAUCAAACAGUUAUAAUGGACAGAAGAGGUGAGAUAAGUGAAGUGCAAGAUGAAAAACAGGAAAAUACUUGGUGGACUGGAAAGAUCUUAAAAUAUAGGAUAAUAGAUAUGUCUAGAGAGGAUUAUAUAAGAGAGAGUGGUGCACACAAUGCUGUAUGGUGUGGAAUCUUGGAACACAGGCAUAGCAGAAAAGAAACUUUAAAAUACUGGGAAUAAAGUGUUAGUGGAGUUUGUGUGGAAUAACACAAGGUACAAUAAGAAAUGAGUUUAGAACUGGUGUUUUUAGAGAAUAUGCUAGGUGGGCUUAUCAGUGUGUGUUACGAUGGUCUGGGCAUGUGGAGAGAACAGCAAUAAUAAUAAUAAUAAUAAUGAUUACCUACUUGCAGUGAGGUCUGAAGAACUGAAUCAAGGGGUGCUGUGAAAUUGUCACUAAAGCCAAGGCCAGUAUUUCUCUUUGUGUCUCAUAACACAAGUGGGUAGUCACACCCUGCCCUCUAAAGACAACUCUCUUCAUUCACACCAAAUUACAUAAACUUGCUACACACACACACACACACACAC